AUGGGCAACUUAAAAGAGCCAGUCGAGAUUGUGGUUCGGCAUGAAGGGCUGGUUAUUGGUUUGUCCGGAGCUGUGGAAAGAAGCGUUGUGGGCAGCUCAAUUAACUGUCCCGAGCUCCGUCUUGCCGGUCUUUUUGUAAACAGGUUUUGUGCCGGGCUACGCUUUGCGGGCAAGGUGGAAAAAUCCGCAGUCAGUAAAAAUCUGGAAGUGCCAUUCAGCUGCCCAGACUACACCAUCAGUGCUGAAUCUAGGGGAAAGGAAGUCAAACUGAACCUCUCCCCAGCGUCAGAUAAACACGAUGCAGCCUGCAUAGUUCUCAGGUUCGGCAUGUCGGGAAGCUUUAAAUUCACUGCAGAGGAUGACCUUCCCAAACAUGCUCACCUGCGCUUCUACACCAAAGAUUUCCCACGACGCGUUCUCAGCUUUGUGGAUCCACGCCGAUUUGGAAGCUGGGAGUUCAAUGGCUCGUGGCAGCCGGAACGUGGCCCUUGCGUAAUGACGGAGUAUGAAAAGUUCAGGGAGAACGUUUUGAAAAACUUGUCUGAAAAAGCAUUUGACAAACCAAUAUGUGAAGCUUUGCUGAACCAGAAAUAUUUCAAUGGCAUUGGCAAUUAUUUGCGGGCAGAGAUCCUGUAUCGGUUGCACAUUCCGCCAUUCACGCCUGCUCGUGAAGUCCUGGAAGAUGUGAAGCAUCAGAAUCAGAAUAGUGACCUUUCGCUCAGCAAGAAAAUAAAGAUUAAGAAGGAAAAUCCAGACCUUUUACAGCUCUGCCACUUGGUUCCAUUGGAGGUCAUUGAUCUGGGAGGUAAAGGUUAUGACCCUGAAAAUUCAAUGGACUAUGCUGCCUUUGGAAAGUGGCUGCAGUGUUAUUUUGUCUCUGGAAUGAAGACUAUGAAAGAUAGCAAUGGGAGGACCAUCUGGUUCAAGGGGGAUCCAGGCCCACUUGCUCCAAAGGGGAGGAAAGUAAAGAAACCGAGGAAAUCUAUAAAUGCAGACAGCAAACCAGUCAAGGUUGAGAAGACUACAUCUAAAAGAAAAGCCAGGAGAGAAAGUUCCACGACUGUGAAGCAAGAACAGAAUGAGGAGCUUGAUGGGAAAGCAGGAGGGGAAACUACAGCAAAAAGGAAGAGGGGAGUUAAAGUGGAAAAUGUGGUGAAAGAAGAGAAAACAAAGAAUGGACAAAGGGCUAAACGGAUACUGAUAGGAAAGAAAACAAGCCCAGAGCCUGAAAGGGUUUUGAGCGUGAGAUCAGCUCGAGGCUCUGCAAGGAAAACUCCUUUGAAGAGAGGCAGAGCUACACAACCGCAGACCAAGGAUGCUGCUACUCCAAAAACCAAACCUCAGAGGCUGAAAUCUGAUAGUUCACGAAAUUCUCCAAAACCUAGACCACGGAGAAUAAAACCUGACACCAACUCCACACCACGAAAUUCUCCAAAGGUGAAAACAAGAGCACAAAGGAAAUCCGCUCUACGUGACGCAGAAGGCAAGUCUUAG